CUUUCCCAAUCCUUGGCCGGAUGGAGGAGGAGGAGGCCUCGAGGAAGAUGGCCCGGGAGCCCCAGGCAGACAAGGAGUUGAGGAUGGAGACCACGGAGGACAAAUCUCCUCGGCAGAACCUCGUGGAAGAGGCCGUUUGGAGCGGCUCCACGGCGCAGGAAUCCAGUGGGGAGGAAAAGCCCCGAAGAUCCCGCAUGGGGGGGGGCUGCAAACGCAGAUCACGGACAUCCGAGGAGGAAAGCCCCAGCCUGGGCUGGGGAGGUGGCCAGAGCUUGGAGCUGGGGGUCCAUGAGCAGCUUCACGAUGGGGACAAAUCCCACAAGUGCUCUAAAUGUGGGAAGAGCUUCAGCCAGAGCUCCAACCUGAUCCGCCACUGGAGAAUCCACACGGGGGAACGGCCCUAUGAGUGUGGGGAAUGCAGGAAGAGGUUUCAGACCAACUCCACUCUCCUCAGGCAUCAGCGGACCCACACAGAGGAGAAGCCCUUCUGCUGCCCUGAGUGUGGGAAGGGCUUCAAGCACAACUCGGCCCUUGUCACCCACCGGCGCAUCCACACCAGGGAGAGGCCCUAUGAGUGUCCUGAGUGUGGGAAGAGCUUCAGCCAGAGCUCCACCCUGACUGCCCACCAGAGGAUUCACACAGGGGAACGGCCCUAUGAGUGUGGGGAGUGUGGGAUGAGCUUCAGGACAAGCUCUGAACUGACUGUCCACCAGAGGAUUCACACAGGGGAAAGGCCCUACGAGUGUGGGAAGUGUGGGAAGAGCUUCAGCCGGAGCUGCCACCUGAUCCGCCACAUGGGAAUCCACACAGGGCAAUGGCCCUACGAGUGUGGGGAGUGUAGGAAGAGCUUCAGGACAAGCUCCGAACUCAUUGUCCACCAGAGGAGCCACACUGGGGAGAGGCCCUACGAGUGUGAUAAAUGCAGGAAGAAGUUUAACACCAGCUCCCAUCUCCUCCUCCACCAGCGGAUUCACACAGAGGAGAGGCCUUUCCGCUGCCUCGACUGCAGCAAGGGCUUCAGGCAAAAGUCUGGCCUCGUCAAGCACCAGCGCGUCCACACUGGGGAGAGGCCUUACAAGUGUCCUGAGUGUGGGAAGUGCUUCUCACAGAGCUCAGCCUUGACCCGACACCAACGGAGGCACCUCAGGAAGCCCUGCAAGUGCUCCGAGUGCGGGAAGAGCUUCGGGCACUGCUCCAGCUCCAUCCCCCAUGGGAGGAUCCGUGUUGGAUGAUCCCCAGUGACCCCUGGUGGGCAGAGCCCUGUGAUCCAUGGUGGCAGUGAUCUAUGUUGGUUGCCCUGGCUGGGCACCUCCACAUCCUCCUGGCUCCCCGUGGGCACCUGGACACAUCCACAAACCAAUGUCAGAAAUCCAUUGUGGAGAACUUAAUUUGUCGACUUCUGACCCCAGAAAAAUCGCACUUUUUGCUUCUUCUGGUGGUGUCAAGUAACACUGGAUGGCCUUGGAGAUUAUCUCCAACAUAUAUCCAUUGUUUUAAUUUUCUCUGGCCCAGCAUCUUCCACAGCCAAAUGGGGAUGGAUUGGGGAAAAACUCACGAUUUUGGAGAUGGUGAGGUGGAAACCCCUCCAAAAAAGGUUCUUUCCGCCCACCCAAGCGUGUGGAUGCUCUUCUGGCAGGGACAUGUAAAUAAUUUUAUUUUAGCCUUGAAACGAAAGGUUUUUGUUCCUCCCUUUGAAACCUGUGAAACUGGGGUAAAAAUAAAGAUGUUGAACUAAAAAA